AUGGCCGCAAACCUACCCGAUGUCGACCUCACAACCCUCAAUUCAUCUGCCCAGAUCUUCUCGGCUGCUCCUUCCUCCUCCGGGCAGACUCUCCCCUCGUACACGCUCCCGCAGAUCCGUGCCCUGCACAAACAGAUCCACCUCGCCAUCGAUGACAAGAAGGCCCGCCUGCGCACGCAGGUCGGCGGCAGCUACCGCGAGCUGCUGGGCACGGCUGAUGCUAUCGUGCGCAUGAGGAGCGAUAUGGACGAUGUGCAGGGGAUCCUGGGGACGAUGGGCGCGCGGUGCGGGAGGGGCGUCGUGGGAGGAAAGGUCGGCGGGCUGGCGAGGUUCACGGGGGAGCGGGAAGGGGUGGUGGAGAGCGGGAGCGGGAGGAGAGAUCUGGGAGGUGCGGCGAGGGCAAAGAUACUGGCAGGAUGCGUCCUUGUGCUUGCGCGCCUGCUGAAGAGCUUCAGCAGGAAGGGGGACAACAGCCAGGUGGUGGACGGGGAGCAGCUGGUGGUUGCGGCCAAGGUGCUGGUGCUGGGACGACUUCUGGUCAGGAGCUUUGAUGAGAGCAAGCCUGAUGUGCAGGACAGGGCUGCGGUUGAAGCUUCGAUCCAGAGCCUAGACAGGCUUCGGAGACGACUGCGGAAGAGUACCGACAAGGUAUUGGAGGCCGUGGGCGAGACGACGAGCCGCCAACUUGUUCUCAGGGCUCUCUGUGCAUACAGCCUGGCUACCAACUCUGGGACGCGCGACGUUGUUCGACAUUUUCUCGACGUCCGUGGCAGCGCGAUGGCAUCGGUCUUCGACGUGGAGGAGCACAGGAGCACCGUGAAUGUGGUGAGAGGCCUGGAGCUUUACACCAAGACCAUACUUGAUGUACAAUUCCUUGUACCCAACAAGCUCACCGAGGCGAUAGCAUCCCUGAAGAGGGAAGCCCUCCUGUCCAGCUCAUCGCUACGCGAAACCGAAGGGCUACGGCUGGACAUCUACGAGCGCUGGUGCAGCGAAAAGAUACGGGGCUUCAAGCCAUCCAUGUCGCACGAUGAUCUAGACGGCAAAAGGGCCGUCGAGAUGCUGACAAGCUGGUCGUCCAAGGGCAGCCAGGUCCUGCUCGCCGGGCUGGAGAAGACGCUAGACCGCACGACCGAGUUCAAGAUCCUGACCGAGAUGCGCACCGAGGUGUUGCAGCUCUGGAUACGCGACGGCGGCAAGGCGCGCGGCUUCGACCCGUCCGUGAUGCUCGACAAGCUGCGCCAGACGAUCAACGCGCACGUCAUGGGCGUGCUCGACGCCAAGGUCCACAAGCUGCGCCUCGUCGGGUCCGAGGUGGCGUCCACCCUCGAGGUCUGGCGCGCGGGCGUGACGGACGCGCAGCAGCGGCUCUGGGACGUGGGCUCGCUCGACAUGGACCUGCACUACGGCGCCGGCCCGUUCUCGCAGGACGUGAUCGGCCGGCUGUACGGGCGCAAUGACGCCGUUGCGCGGGCGGUCACGGGGUACAAGUCGUGGGCCUCGGUGAUUGAUGACGUCGAGGAGGUGGUGGAGCAGCUGAAGAGGCAGAGGUGGGAUAACGACGUGGACGAGAUCGAAGACGAGGAGACUAUCGAGCAGAGGCAGCAGGCUCUGAGCCGGGACGAUCCGGCGCAGCUGCAGCAGAGGCUGAAUGUUGCGCUGGAGAGGGCCCUUAGGGACCUCGACAAGCAGCUGUCUGAGCUGUGGACGGCUCACGCGGACGGGGACAAGACUGGCAAGGUCGCAAUGUAUCUCGUGCGGAUAUUGCGAGACAUACGGGCGAAACUGCCCAAGCUUGAAGCUGUGAAGGGCUUUGGGCUCGACAUGGUUCCCUCGCUGCAAGAGAAGAUCACGUCUGCUGUGGCGAGCGCACCCGUGGAUGACUUUGCGAGCAACGCUCUCGCACGGAAGAUGGUCGUGGGCCGAAGCUUGUGGGAGGGAAGCCCUGAGCUGCCGACGUCCCCGUCUCCUGGCGUCUUCAGGCUGCUGCGGAGCCUCAUCAUGGCCAUGAGUGAUGCUGGGACGGACCUUUGGAGCCCAACCGCUGUCUCUUUGUUGAAGGAUCAUGUGGGCAAGGAGCUCUCGAACCGCUGGAUGCAAGUCUUGGAUGCUCACCUCGCGCAAUCCGACGUUACAGUGGAAAAUGAGAAGUCUGAGGUGGAAGAAGGGGAGCCGAAAGACGAGGAUGAGGAAGCCACUGCCGCUGCCCAGAAGGUCGUGGCUGACAAGCUACGCAAGGACCUGUUGGUUCAAUGGCUCUUCGACAUUGGCCUGUUGAAGUGCUCCAUUCCUGCGGAUGAGCUCAAGACGCUGGAAGAGGCUGUGUGGAAGGAGGCAGAGAUUGAGGACACCUCGGCACGCCAACGGCUGAACAAGGCCUCGCAGGAGUACUGGAAGAGGAGCAGCCUGUUAUUUGGUCUGCUCAGCUAG